AUUCGGCGCUGGUAGUCGGCGCGCGUUUGCCAAACCAUCGCUGAAUAAAUAGAAGAAAUAGUGUACGGUGUUAUUUAUAAAGGAAAAAACUUAAUGAGGCGCUUUUUAUAAUUAUUUAAACCGCUUGGGUGAUAAUCAUUCUACAGUUGUUUGCGUAAAUUUAAUAAAUAGAGUUCAGUCCGUUAUGGAAUGCGCUAGGGGCAGCUACUGUAUUACGCAGCUCCGCAUGAUGCCAGAAUAAAAAUUUAUUAGAAAUUCAAUUUAGUCAUAUUUUUCACCUCCCUGAAUGAUUAUUUAUUCCAUUAACCUAACGAGCGAUUAUUCAUCGACCAUUGGAUGGCAAAUGUUUUCAAAUAAUUCGAUAUUAAGUAUUUUUCAUCUGCAUAAAGAUACGUGGAUGGGUACGUGGCAACAAGGCAAACUUAUUUCUGUCGGGCGCCUUGCUGCUGUUGCUGCUGCUCACAACUUCCUAGUCAAAAGAAUUUCUUCGUGCGCAAAUAACAUUUGUUAUUAACUGUGCUGUGAAUUUAAAACUCAAACAUUCACAAGCAACAUAUAAUAAUCCGAGCCCUCCUGAACGGUUAGCUUUGUGGUUAAAAUCGUCCAACCAAAACUGAACAAUUAAUUCGCUAGGAAGCGUCGGACGAUUGUAUUCUACUUUCAUUGAAAGUGUUGUAUUCCCAGUGUUAAAAUUAUUGACCUACCUACUGUAUCCCGUAGGUUAAACAGUGCAAUUUGCACCAUAUAAAACCAACAACCAAAUUCAAUUGUCAUAAGCGUAAAUACCGUCUUGCUUCACCCUAUUAAGGAUUAAAUGGUAAUAUAAUUUUCGUGGUUAUAUACUGCACAGACAGACAUUACAUAGUUGCAUAUUGUGUUUGUUUUUUUUUCUUACCCACACGAAAAUGUUUGUGUAUGAAGUAAUGAUAGAGUUAUAAUACGACAAAAAAAAAAAUCAAGUUAGCAAAGCUGGCCACUGUUACGCAGAGGAAUCUAGUAAUUCGCCACUGUUAUUAUCUGAGCCGAUGUCAAUUUUCGAGUACAUGAAGUACUUUGAGCAUCAUGGGUAUUUUGGAUCGAGUUUCAUACUGGUUAGGAAGAUAACUUGACAAAAGUUCAACGGCGUUUAGUCGAAGAGAGGAAGAAAAAAAGUAACUGGACUAACAAACAAACACAGCGAAAAAAGAAUCGGAGAUAUAUAUAUAUAUAUACACAUUUUUUUAAACUUUUGCUAAUGGUACUGAGACGAAAUCGCGCUCAUCCUCCGAGUACAAAAAUGGAGGAACCAGCAAAAAAGAAACAAAGAAUUAUCAAUACUGACGAACAAGAUGAAAAUAGCAGUAUGACAACGGCGAUGGUGACGGAGAUAGAAAGCUUUCAAAACAGUCUCCUGUCGCAAUGUCUAUGCAAUGUCCCUGUGAGCAGUUUAAGAAAACCGUUCACAGGUAGUACGGUUCAGGCCGGUGACGGUACCUACAGAAUGACAACGCUGUCCGAAUGGGAGCCGGACAGAACGUUGCAAUUCAUUAGCGCCCUUCAGCUGCUCUUUGAUCUAGCCAUAAAACAGAAUACUAGAGGUAUAAUGUGUAGCAGGGUGGCCGAUGUGUGUGAGGCUCUGUCGCGCAACGAGCACGGUAUCAUAGACCAAAUACUAGAUUUAUCAUGUUCACCAAAUAAGUUCAUAUCAUUCACCGCGAGCAGAGCCUUAGCCUCUUUCUUCAUAGUGACCAAAGAAAACAUUGAAUUGUCGUGGCUGGACAGACUCACCCAGUCUUUGGUCAGUACACACUCACCGAGCCAGAUGCUGUUCACUUUAGACGUUGUUAAGAGGGUGGUUGAGCACAAGGAUGGCAGCACUCAUCCGUUGGAGGAUGGCGAGAGCUUUACUUCACCCAGGAACUGUAACACCUUGACAAUAUCGGAUCCAGAGAGCCUGGACAGUACCCCGGUAAAAGCAAUGUGCGUUAAAGCUCUGGAGUCGAAGUGGAACAUUUUAGUAUCCAAGUUUGAUAGUAUUUUAAGCUCCUAUACUCCUCAGCACGAAUCAGCGGUAAUAAUGUUCCUAGACUUGUGGGAAUCCAUAAUAUCCGUUAAAGCCAACCUGUCUGUUGUUGAUACGAAACUGUUCUAUUCCCAACUUGAUAAUUUGGUUGUGUUAUUGAACUCCAACGUUCCUGGGAUCAUUUGGAGGCACCUUUUGGGUCUACUCAAUGAAGUGCUUUGCUACGGCAGCACGUUGGCUCUUCAAGACGUCCUUCCCGACGAGCCAUGCUCAUUGGCUCAUUUGGUUGUCCGCGCUGUUAAAGACUGGAGACUUCUGGACGCUUUGCCGUAUCGCCAUGGAUCAGGGAGAUUUGGAGGUGGUUCCGGGGACGGAGACCGACCUUUGCUACAGAAAGUGAUUUUACUUGUUCUCAAAAGUGUCGCUGUCACCGUAAAGGAAACACGAAGCGAUUCCAGUGACUCAUCUCUCGGCUCAGAAGCCGAAGAUCUUGACGCGGAUAUGGCUGUUAUUGAAAGAAGUAUACGGGAAGUACUGCGUCAGUUGGAUCAGUGUGUAAAAUCCCUGAUGCCUUUUCAUCCAGAAACACCGCUGUCUCAAUGGGUUGUCCAAAUGUUUCACGACCAAGACGAUUUUCUCAUAGAAGGCAUGGUUUGUUGUUUGGAUGUUGCAGUUGGCCUAUUUUAUCGGGGACCUCCCCAAAAUGAUCUUGGACACAUGCUCAGCCCGACGUUAACUUUUGUUCAAUUUAUACGUGCAGUCUCUCACGAUCCGGAUGUACUUUUAGAUCUUCUAGUUAGCAAUGAGACUUGUUUUCUCUUGUAUCUUCUCAGAUUCUUGAAAUAUAUCAGGAGAAAUUGGUCAGAAUUUAUAACCUGUUGUGCAAGAGAAUUGGAUGAUACAAUGACUGUUUUAAUUCGGCUUAGGCUAGCGAUAGACAGGCUCGUAUCCAAGGCUCUUUUUCCAUACAAUAUAAACCCUGUUCUUCGUCUGUUAGAAAAGUGUGAGUCAUUUUAUGAAGGAAACAUUGAAAAUUGAUCAAAUAGUCGGGAGUUGCAUAUAAAUAAAAAGUAUUUUUUACUAUUAUUUUCAAGGGAAGAAUUGUUGUUUUUCCUAUUGUACAUAUAAAUAAUUCCUGAUCAGUAAGAUUGUACAUGUAUUUUUAUAAAAUAUAUUUUAAUAAGACACAAACUCGACAUCUUCCAUCUCAUAAAACUGCAGUAAAUUUUACUUCGUUGAUUGGGAACAAAACAGAGGCAUGAUUCAGCAAUAUUGUGCUCAGUUCUGAGCUACCGGCAGAAGUUUUAGGUAAAGUAUGUACAUAUACAAACGCACAAAAAAAGACUUCGUGCAAGCUAUAAGAUUUUCAUUUUGUUACAUCGAGUGAAUAUAUGUAUAUACAGUAAAAAAUCGAUAAAGGACAUCUUGUAGGAUAAAAAUAAUACAUUUCUCGACAUCAUGUGUUACAGUGCCAAAUUUUCGUUUCCAGUCACUGCUGUAGUAUAUUUAAAAUUCCUUUACUUUUCAUUGGUAAUGUCUCUAAAUUAUAAAAUAAUCGUUACCAAGAGUCU